CAUGUCGCCGCCUAGUGGCGCACACGAACACAGCGCACAACACGACGACCGACACGAUUUCACAACCAGAGUGGUAAUAGUUUCAAGGCAGAAAGACCGUACCGCUACCCAGCGCCUCAACUCUCGUGUUUGUACCGGAUUCUGCUGUCGCCGACCUUUCAAUCUGUCUACCGAUCUGAAGGCUGUAAAUGCUGUCAUCACUUCUGCAUCCACCUACUCCUCUUGUGUAAUCUUGUGUGAUCUCAAGGCAUGGAUGUCACGGUGCGCCUUGGCAGGAUAAAAUAUUGUAAUCCGAAUUGAGUAGGCUACAGUCUGCGAGGAUUUAGCACUGGUUUACACAAUCAACUAACUUGACAUUCAAGUUAAAGUGUAGCCUAGUGCAAUUAAGCUGUGGAAACCGACCUGACCGUAACUGCAACGGAUAUGUUUUGACUGGUGAGGGUCCGAUUUCGGAAUGAAGGCGGCUGUACAGACAGGGAGACGGCGGCCCUUCCAGCGGUUCUGCUGCUGUGGAGUUGGGCUUCUCGCGGUCAUUUGGCUCGCACAGGUCGCGCACGUGACAGAGCCGGAGUCAUCUGGGUCUCAGCCAGAAGAGGGGGGUGUUCCAGUUCGUUCCAGACGCAGGCUGAUGCAGGAGGAGUGGACAGAAGACAACCAGACACUGGACCUUCCUAGACCAGCCAUCCAUGAGUUUCCAGAAGACAUCUUCACCAAGGAGGAGCUGAAAGGAGGAGCAGUGCUGUUACAUGUGCUGUGUGCUAUCUACAUGUUCUAUGCUCUUGCUAUUGUCUGUGAUGACUACUUUGUCCCUUCCCUGGAGAAAAUAUCAGAGAACCUGCAGCUCAGUGAGGAUGUGGCAGGGGCAACCUUCAUGGCUGCAGGAAGCUCAGCACCAGAGCUCUUCACCUCUCUCAUUGGUGUGUUCAUCACUAAAGGAGACGUGGGGGUCGGCACCAUCGUGGGCUCAGCGGUCUUCAACAUCCUGGUCAUCAUUGGUGUUUGUGGCAUCUUUGCGGGCCAGACGGUGGUUCUGACGUGGUGGUCUCUGUUCAGGGACUCCACCUACUACAUCUUCUCUGUGCUGGCUCUCAUCCUGGUUAUAUACGAUGCAAAAGUUGUCUGGUGGGAGGCCGUGCUCCUAAUGACCAUGUAUGGAGUUUACAUUCUUAUCAUGAAGUUCAACUCCCAGAUCAGGGGAUGUGUGCAACGUCGGUUUGGGGGCCCGGGUCAGUGCUGCCUUGUCAGUGAGGGACUCAGAGACGAGGAGAUGGCAGAGGACGGACUCACCUGUAACACCAACAUGGUGCUGCUCAGGAAAGGACAACCCCAGGGUCAGGAGUCUCCUCCGGUGGUGAUGGUGGACGAGCUCCUGAUCCUCAACCCCCACCAGCUGUCCUUCUCCGAGGCCGGCCUGCGCAUAAUGAUCAGCCCCCACUUCUCCCCUCGCACCAGGCUCACCAUGGCAGGCCGUGUGCUCAUCAGUGAGAGACAGAGGCUGAUCAGGAGUCCCAACAGCCAGCUGGACGGGGAGGCCAGCCCAGCGGCAGGGGGCACCCCUCUGAAGGGGUUUGGCUCUGGAGGUCUGGAGAAUGGGGGCAGUGUGGAGAAGCAGACCCCUGACGGGGCCAGGGUAGGGGAUGCAGGGGGGGAGAAGCCAGGAGCGGAGGGCUGUCACGCUGAGGAAGAGGAGGAUGAUGAUGAUGGGCCAUUCAGGCCUCUGCAUUGGCCAGGGGGUUGCUGUGCGCGGGUCAAGUGGCUGAUCUCGUGGCCCCUGGGCCUGCUGCUGUACUGCACUGUGCCUAACUGUGUGUUCCCACGCUGGCACCGCUGGUUCAUGGUCACCUUCGUGGCCUCCACCCUGUGGAUAGCCAUCUUCUCCUACCUCAUGGUGUGGAUGGUCACCAUCAUCAGCUACACACUAGACAUCCCAGACUACAUCAUGGGCAUCACCUUCCUGGCAGCGGGCACCAGUGUGCCAGACUGCAUGGCCAGCCUCAUUGUAGCUCGGCAAGGUAUGGGGGACAUGGCGGUGUCUAACUCCAUUGGCAGUAAUAUCUUUGACAUCCUGUUGGGGCUGGGUUUUCCCUGGGCUCUGCGCACUCUGGUGGUGGACAACGGAUCAUUGGUUUACAUCAAUAACAAGGGCCUGGUGUAUUCUGUCGUCCUGCUGCUGGCUUCUGUCUUCCUCACAGUCAUGAGUGUCCAUCUGAACCACUGGAAGCUGGACCGCCGUCUGGGCCUGGGGCUGAUAUUACUCUAUGCCAUCUUCCUGCUCUGCUCCAUCUUCUUUGGGCAGAUGUGAGGCUGACGCUGGGGUCGAAGGUCAACCCUGAUUUGCCUUCCUGUCAGCUGCCACGUCCAGGAGUCCUCUGUCUCUCUGACAUACUCUGUCCUAAAGCCAAAAAAACCCAGCCUCAGCUACAUCGUGCUAAAGUUAACAUGUGAUGUUCCACAAACAGGAUAUCCUUGGGUGACAUUGUACACAAAUACACACACACACGUUUUACUAUCCUUGUGGGGACCUAAAAUUUUCCCUAACCCUAAAUAGCCUAUGUCCACAAGGGAGAAUUUUCCUUGUGGGGAUUUCCGGAUAGUUAGCCAGUCAGUCUCUCUCUCUCACACACACACACACACACACACACACACACGUUGUCACACACACACACACACACGUUGUGUUCUUCUAUCCUUGUGGGGACCUAAAAUACAUUUCCAUUCAAAUCACUAUUUUCCCUAACCAUAAACCACCAGCCCCUUACCCUAAUUCCAACCUUAAUUGUAACCCUACACAUAAAUCCUAAACGAGGGACAAUUUUCCUUGUUUCACUUGUGGUGACUCUUGGGGAUUUUCAGGUCCCCUCAAGGAUAGAAGAACCUACACACACACACACACACACACACACACACACACACACACACACACACACACACACACACACACACACACACACACACACACACACACACACACACACACACACACACACACACACACACACACACACACACACACAGCAGUCUUUUCUAUAGCACAAACCUUUUUCUUCCGAAGUUUGGUGUUUUAAUACGUAGCAACACCUAAUGUUCAGCAGUGACCAAUGGAAAAAUAAUACAGUAGACUAAUCCUGGUUUCUUGACCUUACGUUCGGAACGCCCGUGUUUGUUUAAUGUAUGCCCUAGCUGACAUUGCCUUGUCGUGUGGUGUGUGCUUGCAGUGUGUACAUUUGUGCAAAUGUGUAGCAGUGCUGGGGUACAGUGGAGCAUAGAACUGUCAGUAAGGUACUAUGAACGAAGCAAUAAGAAAAAUGGACGUUGUUAACGUGUCAUAGAUGUACAAUAGAAGAAGUAUUCGUAAGAGAUGCAGAUUGUGUGACUAGAAUUUGUAAAGUGACUGACCAAGUUCCUCCAAAGAGGAUUCAUUAAUCAUGUUUUGCCUCAUAACAUGUACUGUUACAAACUCAGUAAAUAAUAGGCUAACGUGAAAUGUAUGAUUUGAUCAUUUUUAGAAGUGUUAUUACUAUUGACGACAUGUUUCUAUGGGUGUCACAACCUUUGAUAUCAUGCGUACGGACGGGUCUGUUGUAAUAGUUCACUACGUUUAGGGACGAUCAGUGUUUGUAUUACUGUACAAUGAUUAUUAGGUCUACAAGACCAUACUUUUUACUGUUUCUAAAUGUUUACUAAAUAUUUUACAUAGUUUUACAAAAAAUGUAUGUCAAACAGACUAGAUUUGUGGUGUUUUUGAUAUAGGCACUAAAUAAUAUAUUCUUCCCGUGAUAUUUGUGAGAAUAUCAUAUGCUGUAACUGAAAAAUGAAGUAUAUUUUUGUCACUUUGUAAAGUGAUACUAAAUAAGACUGACACUUCAGAUCAGCACAGUCCACCUAUAUCUGAUGAAAGGAGAAUAAGGUUAUAUUGAAUUGUAUCACUUUCUAAGCCACUAUUCUAUUUAAGCCAGCUAAGAUCCUUUUUAGCACUGAACCUCCUUGAUUUAGUAUCUUUAUUUAUUAUUCCCAAGAGAUUUCAUAUAUUUCUUUUGCCAAGUGCUUGUGAUUACAAUACUUAAUGGUUUGCUCUGCAAAAUAGUAUAGUCUCAAAAACGUAUAGGUAUUUAUUUACAGCAUGAAUAUGAUUUCCUGAAAUAAUUUAGAUUUCAGAUCAGAUCAAAUGACUCAAACUUUUUGCCAAAUGAAAGGAUUGUAGAAGACAUUCUUUAUGUGAUCGAGCUAUUGCACUGAACGAAAACAUAAAUGCAACAUGCAACCAUUUCAAAGAAUGUACUGAGUUACAGUUUAUAUAAGGAAAUUGAAAUAAAUUCAUUAGGCCCUAAUCAAUGGAUUUCACAUGACUGGGCAGGGGCACAGCCAUGGGUGGGCCUGGGAGGGCAUAGGCCCAACCACUUGGGAGUCUGGCCCAUCUACUGAGGAGCCAGGCCCAGCCAAUCAGUAUACGCUUUUCCCCACAAAAGAGCUUUAUUACAGACAGGAGUACUCCUCAGUUUCAUCAGUUGUCUGGGUGGCUGGUCUCAGACGAUCCUACAGGUGAAGAAGCCGGAUGUGGAGGUCCUGGGCUGGCAUGGUUACACGUGCUCUGCGGUUGUGAGGCCGGUUGGAUGUACUGCCAAAUUCUCUAAAACAACGAUGGAGGUGGCAUAUGGUCGAGAAAUUAACAUUCAAUUCUCUGGCAACAGCUCUGGUGGACAUUCCUGCAGUCAGCAUGCCAAUUGCACGCUCCCUCAAAACAUGAGACAUCUGUGGCAUUGUGUUGUGUGACAAAACAUUUUAGAGUGGCCUUUUAUUGUCCCCAGCACAAGGUGCACAUGUGCAAUGAGCAUGCUGUUUAAUCAGCUUCUUGAUAUGCCACACCUGUUAGGUGGAUGGAUUAUCUUCGCAAAGCAGAAAUGCUCACUAAUUGGGAUGUAAUCAAAUUUAUUCACAAAAUUUGAGAGAAAUACGCUUUUCGUGCGUAUGGAACAUUUCUGGGAUCUUUUAUUUCAGCUCAUGAAACAUGGGACCAACACUUAACAUGUUGCGUUUAUAUUUUUCUUCGGUAUAGUUCUGCACUUUGAUUUCAGCCAUUCAACAUUUUUUACAUUUCAAAUAAGGAGUAGAGGAGUAGAGACUGUUGAGUUGUACAGGCUGGUUGCUGGUGCUGCUAAGUAUCCCAGGUUUAGUCACCUGUCGUAAUGUCACCAGGGUAGUCCUUUAUUAAGUACCUACUGAGAUAGGAAGACCACCAAGGAGUCCCCACUACCAACCAACCAGUCAUAAAUCCUGCCUCUGUUAGCAGUUCAGGUCAGAGCACCAAAUAAAACCCUGAUUUAGUUCUCACAUGGAAGAUCUGUGUUUGAAGUGUGUUGUUCCUCAAUGUUUUAUUCUGUUAGGUUGGAGCCGCCAGAAAUUCCAGCACUGAGAUUCGUUACUCUAGACAUGAUCUCUGAUCAUUGAGAACUUUUGUAUGUUGUUGAGUGCAAUAAAUAAAAUCUGUGCAAUAACAA